UGCCCGUGCCCUCAUUGUUCUCGUUCUGUAUAAAGAGAAUACAGGCGGUGGCGGCCUUAAUACUUUAUUUAACGCGGCAAACUCAUUGAUGGGAAUAUGGAAAAGAUCGUCUUCUACGAGGACAGGGGCUUCCAGGGCCGGCAGCACGAGAGCAGCGGCGACUUCAGCGACCUGCGCACGUACGUCAGCCGCUGCAACUCCAUCAAAGUCCUGGCAGGGUUCUGGGUGGUCUACGAGAAGCCCAACUACACGGGCCACCAGUACGUGCUGGGCCCCGGCGAGUAUCCGGACUACCAGUACUGGCUGGGCAUCAGCGACGCGGUCAGGUCCUGUCGCGUCGUUCGACACGUGGGGGACGCGUGGAGGAUGAAGAUCUGGGAGAAGCCGGACUUUGAGGGCGAGUCCGUGGAGCUGUCGGACAACAUGGCCGCCUUCCAGGAGCGCUGGCAGAGCCGCGGCGUCCAUUCCUGCAAAGUGUUGGAGGGGGCCUGGGUGUUCUACGAGCAACCCAACUACAGGGGGCGCCAGUACCUGCUGGAGAGGGGCGAGUAUAGACGCUACUCGGAGUGGGGGGGCCGGCAGCCCAACGUGGGCUCUGUGCGCCGGGUAAAGAGCUGA